AUGCCCAACACAAACGAAAACUCACAUUCCGGCUCGACAACGACGGCGACGACGGCGACGGCGGCGACUAGCGCCGGUGACGAUCUCGGCAGCACCGAUGAGGUGAAAGUGUUCAAAGACGAGGGAGACAGGGAGGAUGAGAAGGCAUCCUCCGAGAAUCUGCUCGAGGAGAAGUUUAACUUAAUAGAUUUGACUGAAAGUGCGGAAAAUCUGGUGAAAAGCUCAGCAGCCCGGCAAGACCUGAGUCCACCGUAUGCUGCCUCCGGUACUGCUGGGUCCGGGGCGGGGACUGAUGUUGCGGUGAGUGCUGGCGCGGCGAUUGCUAGUGGCGUCGCUUCGGCCAGCGGCGGAACAAGCAGUGCGGGGAAGCUGGACUCGCCAGAUCAUUCCCCUGGUUUCACUAUGGGCUACCUGCCUCCCUAUCAGUACUCCAGUGGGACAGCCAGUGCUCUGCAGGCUGCCGGGACGAUGGGAAAGAUGGGACUGUCUCAGUUCUUCUGCAACGAAGAUCCUCUCUCCAAUCCACCUCCGGCGCACUGCGGUAUACUCCCGUACCAAUUGGAUUCGAAGGCGAUCAGUCUAUCUGCCCGCCAGUCGCUAUACUCCUUUUCAACCAGCCAAUACCCCUACCCAUCGAUACUGUCCUCCAACAUGCUGCCAGUACCACCCUCAUGGCACACACCCUCGAUGUACUCUACAGCACCCACCUUCCGCAACUCGUACCCAUCAUCGCUACAGAUAUACACUACGCUGGCCAGCGACCUCUAUUCACGUUACCAGUCAUCACAGUCACUACUGAACUCGGUCCAUACGCACAAUGUGCUAAACCAGAGUCUGCAGCAACAGGUAAAGCAGGAACAGAGCGCAGCGCUCGCAGCUGGAGUGGCAACCAGCCCCGGAAACCCCGCGGGUCCGGAACUCACCCACAGUUACAGUGCCCGGCAGCACGGGGUAGGGCUUAGCCCAGGCAGCAAGUCAGCAAUCGAUCUUCCACAGGAGCUGACCAACAGGUUUGGACGGGCGCAGAGCGUCGGAAGCUCGGGCAGUGGUGGAGGCAACAGCACAGGCAAUGGCAGUGGUGGCAGUGGCAGCUCGAAGAAGAAAUGCGCCGCUGAACGCACACAACACUCGCAGCAACAGCAACAUCAAAAUCAGCAGCCCAAUCGGCCACAUAUCAAGAAGCCCCUCAAUGCGUUCAUGCUGUACAUGAAGGAGAUGCGCGCGAAAGUGGUCGCCGAGUGUACCUUGAAAGAGUCGGCAGCGAUCAAUCAGAUCCUCGGUCGCAAGUGGCAUUCGUUGUCGCGAGACGAACAGAGCGUUUAUUAUGACAAAGCGCGCCAGGAACGUCAGCUGCACAUGGAAAUGUACCCUGGCUGGACGGCUCGAGAUAACUAUGGUUACGGGUCGAAGAAAAAGCGAAAAGCGAAAAAAAAGGAUCAAAUCGGCCCCGAACCACCCAGCAGGCUCAUCAAAAACGAAACCGGUCGAGCGAUCCUGCGGGUAAUAUCAGGACCGAGAGCAUUUAAGAUUGUGCUCUUCGCCCGACUAACGCCAAUACCGUUUGGAUUGCAGAAUACCAUCUUCGGGAUCAGUUCCGUGAACGCGCGGAGUUAUCAUGCCGGAACAAUUAUUGGGCUGCUACCCGCGCAGACCAUCAAUGUUUAUCUUGGCUCGAAGCUGCGGUCGAUCCACGAGGUGCUAAAUGAUCACAAUGCCGCGCUUGGUUUAGCCGGGUACGGUGUAUUUGUGGUGGAGGUGAUCGUCGGAGCUGCACUGAUGGUGUGGGUUAUACAGAAGGCUCGAAUGGAAUUGUCCGCGGCCCUCUUGGCGACAGAAGCUGAUUCGGACGAGAAAAUAUUGAUCGAAAUCGAAGCAUAGUAUGUAGAAGCGUCGCAUAGAACGUCUUUCGCAAUUUCGCAUUGACCGUUCUUUGAUUUUUGCACGCUCUAGUGAGAUAAGUAAAACUGUUGAAAUGUGAGCUGUUAUACGUAGAAAGGUUAAUUUAUUGUCCUCCCAAAGAGCUCAUUAGUGUAAACAUAGCGAGUUCACAAAAAAGAACCAUUUGAAUUUGUGAACAGAAUCUCGAACUCACCAAAUCAGAACUCAUAUGGAAUUUGAACAGGGUAGUGAGCGAAAGCGCUUAGCUACUGACAAGUACCCCUACUCGUCGACUGUUUAGCAGAAGCCGUCCAUACAGCGAAACAAAUUUUGUUAAACUAUUUAUAUUGUCAUUUCUUCAACACUCCUGAAAAAACUAUUGCUCUAAAAGCUGCAGCUUUAGAUGCUGUUUGAUAUUUAAAAUACAGAUACGAAUGAA